CGGAAGCCGGGAGCGCGCGGGCUUCCGGUCGGCGUGUGGCCUGUCCGCGGAGUGUCGCUCGUGGUCGGCGCGGUGUAGCCUCUGGUGAAGCAUGGCUAAAAGUUUACGGAGUAAGUGGAAAAGGAAAAUGCGCGCUGAGAAGAGAAAGAAGAAUGCCCCAAAGGAACUCAACAGACUUAAAAGUAUUCUCAAAGUCAAUGGUGAUGUUUUAAUGAAAGAUGUUGAAGAAAUAGCAACUGUGGUGGCACCCAAACAUUGCCAAGAGAAAAUGGAUUGUGUGGAGAAGGAUGAAAAGGAUGACAUGAAGAUGGAGACUGAAAUUAAGAGAAACAAAAAAACUCUUUUAGACCAGCAUGGACAGUACCCAGUAUGGAUGAACCAGAGGCAGAGAAAACGGCUGAAGGCAAAGCGAGAGAAAGGAAAAGGAAAAAACAAAGCAAAAGCAGCAAAGGGUCUGGCCUGGUAGCCUCUUAAAAACUUGAAAAUGUAUCAAUGGGACAGAUGUUUGAUUAAAAUGUAUACCUUGAUUUCAUAGAGUGAAAACUAUUUGUUUUUAACUGGGUUUAUUUUCUUCCACUUAUACCCUCAAAUAACUUCUUGAAUUUCCUUUGAUGAGUCAAAGCUAUAUUGAUGUUUCCAGUGUCCAGGUAUUGUAAGACAUCACAGUUCAACAUGGUUGAAAUCAUUUUGGCAAUUUGGUAAUAUCAGUGAAAAUCAAACAAAUGAUAUACUGUUGAACUGACUGAACUCAUGUAUUUAAAAGGGUAUUAUAAUAUUUAAAAGUAUGACACCAGAUUGUAUGAACAAUACUUGCUUGGUGUGUUUAAUUUGUAUAAUUCAGAAUAAAAAAUAUUUUCUAUA